GACCGGAUAAGCAAUACAACAGGCAGCGAGCGCACUUGAACUAUCAAGUAAUGGGCUAUGAGUUAUGAGCAAUGAGCAACGAGUAAUGAAUAAUGGAUGGGUAGGCCAGUGAGCAAUGAGCAAUGAGCAAUGAGCAACGAGCAAUGAGCAACGAGCAAUGAGCAAUGAACAAUGGAUGGGUAGGCCAGUGAGCAAUAUGAGCAACAAGUAUCGACCAAGGAAGAAACAAAACAAUGGAGCCAUCAAGCAACAGCCAGGAAGAGAGAGAGAGAGAGAGAGAGAGACGGACAUGCGAUGAGAAAGCAACGGAGUAUUGAGCAAUGAGAUGUAGAAGAAGGAUGUACAAGCAUGACAAGCGUUCAUGGUAUGGUAUGCCAUACGACGCGUCUUGUCUACUCAUAUACAGAAACUCACUCCCAACUACUCACUUACUCACUCACUCACUCCCAACUACUCACUCCCAACUACUCACACCCAACUACCCACUCACUCACAAAAACAAAACUAUAUUUCAAUCCCACGUCAUCUCUCACUUCCGUUUCCAUUCUACUUCGUUUUAUUUCAUUUCAUUUCCGUUUUCGACUUGUUUUCAUACCCCCCGCCCGACAAGCAAUGAUACAAUAUCUCUCUCUCACUCACUCACUCACUCUCUUCAAUCCCACAAUCCCACGAACCGUCUCCAAUACCACAAACCCUCUCUCCAAACCUCCCCAAACCUCCAAACCUCCCCAAGCUCACAUAAAAACGCCUCGCUAUGUUCCCAAUCACACACAUAUCCACACACAGAUCACAUACACCAUCGGGCCAUUUGCCCCUGUCCCCCUCUCCCCUUUCCCUCUCCCCUUUCCCCCUCCCCUAAUUCCCCCGAUUCCCCAAAAAAGACCACCAGCCCCCCCCUUCCUAGUCUAGUAGUAUAACUUUUUUUUGUUUCGGGAACGAUAGAGGGUAUACCAAAAUAUAACAAGUAGAGCCGCCGCCGCCAUCAUCACCACCACCACCACCGAGAUGUGAAGGCACGAAUGUAGACCGACAGGAAAGAGAAAAAAAAAUGGCAUAUAUGUAUGAACAGGCGCGCGAAUAA